AUGUCGGAAAUUCCCAAGAAACAAAAUCUCCAAACCGCCCCAACUCCUCAAAAUACUCCCGCCAACAAUGCUCCCAUCUCAUCACACGCCCAGCAGCCUGGCGUAGGCACAAUCAAAGAAGAGGAGUUUGACCGCGCCGCCGCCGCCUCAAUUUUUGCCCAAAACCCAAAGCUCGUCCAAAUGAUCCAAGGAAAGCUUGGUUCACUCGUUGGCAGAUCCUCCGGAUACGUCGAAUCGCUUCCAGCCCCAGUCCGCCGCCGUGUCGCAGGCCUGAAAGGUGUGCAAAAGGAGCACUCAAAACUUGAGGCCGAAUUCCAGGAGGAGGUGCUCGAAUUAGAAAAGAAGUACUUCGCAAAAUUCACCCCACUCUACCAGAAGCGUGCUCAGAUCGUCAAUGGUGCUGCUGAGCCAACCGCAGAGGAGAUUAAGGCGGGCGAAGAGGAUGAGGAGCCAAGCGAGUCGGAUCCAGCUGAGAAAGAAGAGGAGUCUGCUGUUGAUGUCAAGGGUAUUCCAGAAUUCUGGCUUUCCGCCAUGAAGAACCAAGUUUCCCUUGCGGAGAUGAUCACUGAUAGAGAUGAGGCCGCCCUGAAAGACCUUGUCGACGUUCAGAUGGAGUAUCUCGAUAAGCCUGGCUUCCGUUUGAUCUUCCAAUUUGGUGAGAACGAGUUCUUCACGAACAAGACCAUCACAAAGACCUACUUCUACCAAAAUGAGAGUGGUUAUGGAGGAGACUUUAUUUACGACCACGCGGAGGGUUCUAAGAUUGAUUGGAAAGCUGGCAAGGACUUGACAGUUCGCGUUGAGAGCAAGAAACAGCGCAACAAGAACACCAAGCAGACUCGUGUGGUCAAGAAGACUGUGCCAACAGAGUCAUUUUUCAACUUCUUCUCGCCACCGAAAGCACCAACUGAGGAGGACGACGAUGAUGCAGCAAGCGAUAUUGAGGAGCGUCUCGAGCUUGAUUACCAACUUGGCGAGGAUAUUAAGGAAAAGCUUAUUCCUCGUGCCAUUGAUUGGUUCACUGGUGAGGCUCUUCAAUUUGAAGAACUCGAUGAUGAUGAACUCGAUGAGAACGAUUUCGAAGACGAUGAUGACGAUGAUGAGGACGAGAGCGAAGAUCACGAUGACGAAGAGGAGUCUGAGGACGAUGAUGAUGCAGCGAAACCAAAGCAAGAGGCCGCUGAGUGCAAGCAAAGCUAG